AUGGAGGUGUACAUACAAAUUGUAGGGUCUCACAAGCUCGCAGUGCCGCCGAGCUUGCGCUUAUUUGUAAACGGAGAAUUCACACUGUUUAACUGUGGAGAAAACAUGCAAAGGUUUUUGAACGAGCACAAGUUACAUGUCGUUAAAACUAGGAAUAUAUUUUUUACGAAAAUUAAUCCAGAAACAAUUGGAGGGUUGGUAGGUCUCCUGCUAACCAUAGACAACAUAGCAAAUAGUGACAUAUCAAUUUAUGGACCCAAGCCUAUAGAACAGAUAGUUAAUAAUUUCAAGUGUUCCUUUGCGAAAUUGAAAAAUAUAAAAUUACAAGUACACGAAAUUUGUGAAAGUGUUCCAAUUGUUUUAAAGGGAAACGUUGUUAUAACCCCAAUAGUGAUACAAGAAAAAGGAGAAAGUGAUAUGCCCAACCAGUGCGUAGAAGAAGUGGAUCAUGUUGAAGGCAGAAUAGCUCCCGCAUCGACUGACACGUAUGGUGGGGAAACGAACCACGCACGUGAAGGGGGCGCAGUAAAACAUGGCUCGUCUGGGGGAAGCCGUUUGGAUAAUUGUAAGAAGAGGAAGCUGCAGGGGGGGAUCAUUCCGAAUGAGGAAAAUCGCAAGGGUGGACACGAAUACGGCGAAAUAGACAAGGAGAAUCCCCCAAAUGGAGAAGCCCACCGGAUGGACCACCCCAGUGAAGGAAUCCCUAAGGGAAACCAGCUCGAUAGAGAGCUUCUUUACGAACAGGGGCUCUCCAGUAAUGCAGAAGAAGAAAGGAAUGACAAGGGAACCAAACCAGAGAAGGGACAAGUUAAGAAAAAGUACAGCACCAUUUGCUAUACAAUUGAGUGUCCUCAAACAAUUGGAAAAUUCCACGUCGAAAAGGCAAAGAGCUUAAAUAUCCCACCAGGAAAAUAUUACGGGAUACUAAAAUCUGGAAAGCCCAUUACCUUAAAUAAUAAAGUAAUCAAGCCUGAAGACGUGUGUGAUAAAAACAUUGACGGAAGGAAGGCCCUAGUUAUUGAUUUAGAGCAUGUUGCUGACGUAAAGAAUUUGUCAGAAGAACUUUCCAGUAAGGGAAAUUUUUAUUUAAAAAAUUUGGAAUAUAUUUUUCAUUUGUCUGGGGACCAAAUUACCAAUAUGGACAAUUAUAAAAAAUUUUUUUUAAAUUUAAAAAAUGUGAAAAAUGUUAAAUGCAAUCAAUCCAGUAGUUCUUUGAAAGUAUGCCCAUUUGUUUCCACAGCAUCAUUGAACAACUUCCUUUCAAAAUUAUUACCCACCAUUUUUUUGAAGUACAAAGCGGACACCCCCCUGUACGAUCAUUGCCACGCAUCACCGGAUGAUGAUAAUGGAAGGGAAGGCGGAAAAUUGGUGUCAACUGCGAAGGAGGGAGAACCCACAUGCCACAUGGGGAAAGAAGUUGAAAAAGACGCAGAGAAAGAAAUGAAGAAAGACGCGGCGUACCAAAUAGAGUGUGAACAAAGUGAUUCCUACUGCGCUUACAACCCACUGAGCAAAUUUGUUUUACACCCAUUUCACAAAGUUAGCAUAAGCACAGACGAGAUGCUGCGCGAACUAUAUCCAACUUUUUUUAAUUCCGCGAAAAUAUCAAACGUGUUAAAACAUAAUAAAGAUUUACUGAAACCAUUUGAGCAUUUUAACAAUAGAGCAACUCAGAGUUACUUAAAAUUUCCCUCCUUUUAUUUUCUCGGUACGGGUUGUUCAAUGCCCUCAACGUUUCGAAACGUUUCUGGCAUCAUAUUAAACGUUGAAGAAAAUUUCAGAAUUGUCUUAGAUUUUGGAGAGGGUUCACUCUACCAGCUGUAUUGGAUGAGCCAGUCGUGGAUCCAUUUCUCCAACACCCUUAAGUCGAUUAAAGUAGUAUUCAUUUCGCACGCACACGCAGAUCACCACAUGGGACUUUACUACAUGCUGCAUGUGCGCAGACUCCUCUUUCCACACCUCGAUGACCCGCUGAUACUGAUCCCAUCAACGCUAAAAAGUUGGAUGAAUUUAUUUAGUGAACUUUUUUUUGACAAACCAAUUAAAGUGUUGUACAAUGAAGAAAAUUUGGAAGUAAAGGAAAAAGUCGGCGAUGACGACAGCUUCGUAAUUCUCCGCCCUUUUAAGGUUAAUCAUGUUAAAGAGUCCUACGGCAUAAAAAUUGAACGCAAUAACAUCGGUUCCAUAGUUUACUCAGCGGACACAAGACCAUGUGAUAAUGUCAAAAUUUUCUCCAAAAACUGUGACAUUUUGAUACACGAAGCCACCUUUGAUGACGAAUUGCUGGACGAAGCCAUUCAUAAAAAGCAUUCUACAACACAUGAGGCUAUGCAAAUUAGUCUAGAAGUGAAGUGUAAAACGUUAAUACUAACACAUUUCAGCCAGAGGUACCCAAAGGCACCCAAAUUAAACAAGUCAUCUUGCUCCGAAAUUAACGAAAUUAUGAAUAAAACAAUUUACAGCUUCGACUAUAUGUGCAUUCCCUUAAGUUUAAUAAACGAAUUACCUCAUUAUUUCAGCAUUUUAUUAAAUUUAUUGGAGAAAAUAUUUUAA